UGCCUCGAGCUCGGAUUUCCCAGCAGAGCGCUUUCUCGUCUUUCCUUCCACCAUCGUGCUGCCCGACCUGCUCUGCGAGUGGUCCAAGUCGUCAUCUUCGCUCUGGCCCGGCCGCAUCUCACGAACUUUCAUCGAGGACGCAUAGGCGUUUGCCGUACUGAACGCGCGACAUAGACUUUGGACAACUCACCUCGAAUCCUACCAUUGUAUUUCGAACCCAGCCUGUCAUGCCAGCCCCAGCGAAGAGUGGACAGGCAUACUUCCUCGGCCUCGAGCUAGCGACGGACCAGUUACGAGCAUCGAUUGUGGAUGAGAACUUGGAGCUGGUAGGCGUUGAAGCUGUAGAUUUCGACACUGAGCUGUCAGAAUACCAGACUCAAGGUGGCAUCUUCACAACGCCCGGCGAUGCAUACACGACUCCUGUGGAUAUGUGGGUGAAGGCCCUCGACUUUCUGCUGGAGAAAGUGAGCCGGAACUACGAGGUAGCGAGAAUAAAGUCGAUAGGUGGUGCAGCGCAGCCUGCGCUCGUAUGGUGGAAAAGCAGUCCAAUAUCUACGUUUCCCUCUCUCGACUCUCGGCUUCCCCUCCACUCCCAACUGUCCCCAAAUGCGUUUUCCCUCCCCAAUACGCCGGUCGCACAAGACACAUUCUCUCACUCACACGCCGUCUCCCUUGAGGCUGCUCUAGGAGGCCCGGACCAAAUGGCCUCCCGCGUAGGCACUUCUGCACAUGCAUCCCUGAUUGCUGCUCAACUUCUUCGUGUCCGUGAGGGCACGCCAGAUAUUUGGGCGAGGACGGGCAGAGUGCAGGUGGCAUCGGCAUUCCUAGCGAGUUUGGUAGCGGGCACUUGGAUUGGGAUGAAUGAGGCUGAGGCAUGCUCGACGGGAAUGUGGGUCUUUGCGACUGGCGGUCAGGGACAUUGGGACGACGAGGUCUUGGAACUUGUAGGAGGGAGUAAAGAGGAAGGAAGGAAAGUGCGAGGGUGGCUCGGAGAUGUUGAUGUCUCAGGUGGUUCGAGAAAGACAUCUUAUAUUUCGAAGUACAUGGUCGAGCGGUACGGGUUUGAGGCAGACACCAUCAUUUCAUCAUUUACGGCGGACUAUCUUUCGACUUAUCUUUCUCUGUGUCCUUCACCAUCGGACGCUGUCCUCUCACUUGGACCAAUGGACUUCAUGAUUACCAGCGCACCACACUACCUACCGACACGUCUGUAUAAUGUCUUCCCUCACCCAGCACAGGAUCCCAGUGAGAAGCGGAAGUAUCUUGUCAUGUUAACCAGUCGCAAUGCGGAUGUACCACGAGCCCUGGUCAGAGACAUGUACACCAAGAGUUGGAGUGCUUUCGACCGCUUAGUCUCCGUCGUUCCACCAGGUGGAUCAAUCGGGCUAGACGACAAACUGUUCAGCUUCUGGCUUCUCCAAGGUGAUAGCUACCCCCUCUCCCACGUCAAGGGCAUCUACCGCUUCGAGACUGGCAUCAAAGUCCCUGAAUUCCGCGACCUACGCGCCAACCCACGCUGCCUCGUCGAAUCCCAAAUUAUCUCCUUCCGAGUCCGUUGGUCACGCAUGGUCGCUACUGGAGUCCUCGGUGCCGCCUCCGGUCGCGCCCGUGGCACCAACCUCGUCAUGGCCGCUACAAGCUCUUCAGCCUCCCCGGGACCAGGCAACCAGAGCUUGAACUCCAGCGGUGGCCCAGUGAAGCCGAUGGUCCCGAUCGCUCCGGCUGCGGCGACGACAAUUGGACUCUCGUUUGAUCCCUACGAUUAUCAACCUCUCCCUGGACGAAUGCUCGCCACUGGGGCGGCCAUCAACUUCCCUUCGGUCGCGAACGUCGUUGGCGAGAUCUUCAAUUGCCCCGUAUUCAUACCUACCACGCAACUGGACUCGGCGCAGAUCUCACCGCACCGAAACGCUCCCGCUCCAGGCUUCCCUGCGCGUGCGUCGCUGGGCAGUGCGUAUGUGGCUAGAUGGGUUUGGGCGAAAGAGAGGGGGAGCGCCGGCAGAGGAAGCUUCGAAGAAGAAAUGAGAAGGUUGUUGGGCAAGAGGUGGGUUAGUAGUGGUGGCGUACCCCUGAGGACCAAUGUGAAUGCGCCUGUGGCACCGCCGGGCUCUGGAUCGAGUACGCCAUAUGGGACCAUGGGCAGGUCCGGGUUCGGGUCGACGGUGCUUGCGGAAGAGGAUGAGGAUGCCCUAGAGGAGUUGGAGAGAUUGGGUGCGGCGGAGAAUGCUGCCGCUAUGGGUUCUGUUGGUGUGGGUCCUGGGGUCGGGUUUGGUGCGUUUGGAGAGGGUGGAGAGGGACGCACGAGGACUUCGACGGCGGGGACGAGUAGCUCGGCAAGUGGAUCGUUGCAACCUCCGUCGACGGCAUUCACCACCCCGGAUCUGGGCUCUUCGUUGGAGAAUGGGAACGGAACUCCGGUCGGAGGUGCGAUGUCGCUGACGCCAGUCACAGCCUUGCCGACGAGCGAGGCGGAGGUACAGGUUGGGCUGGGUAAGGUGGCGGAGGCAGAUGUGGAUGCGUUCAUGGGAUACGCGGCUAUCGUGCCGGAGUAUUGCCGGUUAGAAGGGAUGCUUGUGAAGGCGUUGGUGUAGAGGGAGCAUUCAAUAAGGUAAAUGUGUAAGUGAGUAAGAGGUGAUGGGGUGAUCUGCUGCCGACGCUUUAAUCAUUUUUUCUGCCGUGCAUAGUGCUUUUGUGUCCUUUGCUUUACGCUGUCGCUAUCGCAGGCUCCUUGGGUUCUCUUGUCAUUUCAUUGCUGCUCGAUCUUCACGUUGAUAUCCGCCUGAAUCUCCAUCUACGUCCACUCAUUGACUUCGCAUGCUCUCACAUGAAAUCAGGAUCAUCUCCUUUGUUACGACCCCAUUUCACUCUUGGUUUAAAUCACGCUUCAUCUUCUUACUGGCUCGCAGCUUCAUGCUUACACCGCACAAAAAAUCACCACCACAUAUUACACCAUAACAUACCCCUCAGCGCGUCGACUAGACGGCGGCGGUCCACUCUUCCAUCUGGUUCGCCUUCUUCAGCAUUCUCCAAAUUGCUCACGAUAAAAUGUCACAAUCCCCC